UGGCGGCUGUGCACGGGUCGGUCCCCUCGGCGGGGAUGGGUCGGUGGGGCAGCGUCCCGGCCCCUCGGCAGCCGGGCAGCAAAGACGCUGCCCCCACAGCGCCUGAGAGGCGCUCGAUGCGCCGCCUCGGGGCGCGGAGCCCCGGGAGAGCGGGGGGAGCCGAGCUGGUCUCCUGCGAGCGGAGAAUCCUCUCUUUGUCGGGAAGAGGCCGCGAAGGCUGAGGUGAUGCUAUUCACCAUGUCCCCAACAUAGCCAUUUUGUGCUAAAAUGCCUUUGUAGUGUGUUUUUUUCCACUUAAAAUAUCUCCCUCGCUAAGCUCAGCGCAGUUAUCCAGCUGCCGCAGGGGACAGACGGCGUUAUUUUCCUCUCCAUCCCACGGUGAAGUGACAGAGCAUCUUUGUCCAUUGCAGGCUGGGAAUGGAGUGCAUAGUGGAUGUCAGCAGUGGGACAUCUUACCAAAGAAGCAUUCAUGGCACCAUUAUCUAAUCAAUGACUUCUAAGGGGAGAAGCUGUUAGAUUGGAAACAAGUGCUGCAAGAUGCCAAGUGAGGUGCUUGAGAGCAGCAGUGGGAUGGAGGAGACUGUGCAGAAAGAGAGCAAGUCUGGAAGCCAGAGCCCUCGCCAUGGCUCCAUGAGAAGGGCUGGGGCAACCACUGUCACCUUUGAUGGGGAAGCCACUAUGGACCGGAGGAAAAAGAAGAAGAAAGAGUCCCGUCCUGAGUCAAUAAUAGUGUAUCGGUCAGAGAAUGAGAAUAAGGUGGAAGAAGAACAGGCAGAUGAGGAAGGAGGGGAGAGGAGCUCUGAAGAAGGCUCCAAGUUCCUGGGUCAGUCCAUGGCAGAUGGUGUCUGGAACAUGCCUUUAGACAGCCGAUAUGUCACCUUGACUGGAACGAUCACCAGGGGAAAGAAGAAGGGUCAGAUGGUGGACAUCCAUGUCACACUAACGGAUAAAGAGCUGCAGGAACUUGCUAAGUCAAAGGAACCUCCUAAAGAGGGUGUAUCUGAGAAGAAGAAGAAAUGUGAUGUUGGACUGGACAGAGGACCUCAUAUCGUCCUCUGGACCAUCAUCUGCCUCCCCAUCAUUUUUGUAGUGUCCUUUGUAGUUUCAUUCUACUAUGGAACCAUUACAUGGUACAAUAUCUUCUUGGUGUACAAUGAAGAGAGGACCUUCUGGCACAAAAUCACCUUUUGUCCCUUUCUGAUUAUCUUCUACCCAAUUAUAAUUAUGGUUGUGUCUUUCUCCCUAGGCCUGUACUCAGCUGUGGUACAGGUUGCAUGGUCCUUUGGGUACUGGUGGCGUGCUGUCAGGGAUAUGGAGAAGGGCUUCUGUGGCUGGCUCUGCAGUAAGCUGGGUUUGGAAGAUUGUUCUCCAUACAGCAUUGUUGAGCUGCUAGAUUCUGAUAAUAUCUCAGGCAGUCUCUCUGGCAAGAGCUCUGCGCAGGGGGUUGAGACCUCAGCAGUCUGAGCUUUUGUCCUGGUUGACUAUUUUGUUCAUAUGUGAGUGGUUUUCACCUAGAAAAUAACACACUGAUUUUUUUUUUAAAUAUAUAUAUAUUUAAACACAAACUUAAUAAAUAAAAUAUUGGGCUGAGAGUGCUCUUUAAAUGUCACAGAAUGCGAGAGUGAGAGCUUUGCAUGUUCUGGGUGGGGAGGCUCCAUGGCUCUCCAAGGAUUUGUCAUCUGUUUUAGCUAAUUACAGCUGCUGAGAAUAGUGAGAAAAUCCAGGUCUGUGGGUCAGACCUGUUUGUGGGGUGCAGAGAUACAUGCCUACAAGUCCAAUUCUGUAAAGGCAGACUUUACUUACAGGGAAUGGGACAUAACAGUGACCUGUCAACUCAGUGAAAAGAAACGGGAUGACCUCCAGGAGCUAGGAAAUCAUUCAGAGGUGAAGGCUAAAUUGCAAAACAAGAUGUUCCUGCAGUCUCCCUAGAAAGGGUCCUUUUCCAAUUCUUCUGACAAGUACAGCAACUCUUCUAGGUAGGCUAACUACUUAGGCACCGUCAGAGUUUGAAAAAUAGGCCACUACAGUAGCUGUGCCCAGUUUUUCAGUGGGAGAGGACAGCAUAGCCUCCGACAAAGGCACUUGAGCUCUACACUGACCUGAAAUGCACCCAUCAUAUGAUGGAAGAGUCAGGCUUGCUCUGUAAUUCCAUAUGUAGGGACCUGAUGGGCCUGUUACCAAGCACACUCAGGUGACUGCUGGUGCACAGAUAGGACCUUAAGGCACACCUGCUUAGGAUACACAGUACAUAGAUACACUGCUAGGAAGGAACGAGCUUUGGGAGUCUACACAGUGUGUAGUGCAAACAGUUGUAUUGUAGGGAAAAAAAUCUGAUCUGAGGCAAAUUAAUCAGUUUACAUACCACUGCAUUGUGGGUGUGAACCUGUGGCACCUAUAUUUAGAGAAGUGGAGUGGAAAGUGCUUGGGAUGGGAAGAUCUCACUGAAAUGGUCAUUCUGUUUUCCAAGUUGCUGUUAUGGAAGAGCUGCUGGACCUUCCCUUUCAGAACAGGGUAUCCGUGAGCCCAUGUCUGUUAGUCCCAGUGCAAACUGAGUUACUGCCUCAGCUCUGGAAAUCUGCACCCCAUACACAUUUCCUGGUUAAUUAGUUAUUUAUAUGGAAGAGUAAUGGAUUGUACAUCCUCCUCCUCUUAUGUCUCAUUAUCAUAAUUUGUUCCCUCCUUUUGGGACUUUGCACGGCAUGUUAGUGGGCUCCCAGACCAGGCUGAAGUGGCCACCAUAUGCUGGAGAAAUUUUAAUAGUCUGUUUAAAAAAAACGACUAGCAGAAAAGUUCUUUUUCUAGAUUGAUUGUAGGGGUUUGGGCCUAAGGAGGACACAAGGAAAAUGAGGGAGAUGUAUAAUGGACUUUGAUGGGGACUGAGUUACAUGUCUGAAACAUAUUUAAUUUUCUGAGUGCUCUAGUUCAGCUGGUGCUGCUAGAAAGUCUGGCUUAGCCCCAACCCAAUGGAGCCCACCAUUUGCAUGCAUGUAGGUAGAUAAUUCGUAAUGUGCAGUCAGGCUGCAGAGUCACUUACAUCUACAUAGGUGUUUCACUUCCUCAGUUUUCUUGUCAGAGGGACCUGCUCUAGUUUUAGGGUGGUAAAGAGAAGCAUUCAGAAGCUGGAUUUCAUAGGAAAUAAUGCUUCGUGUUGCAUUUCAAGGAUAAGGUCAAUACUACACUUACUGGCUGUCCUGGUUAGGACAUCUGGGAACCUGUGAUGUAUAAACAAGUCCAUCCAAUGUUGUAGGCUUGACACUGAGAAAUAAGUCAAGUCCCUGCUGCUUUCUUGGUCCAUUCCCUUCUGGGAGGUCCAGCCAAAGCAGCCUUUUAGUACUGGCUUGAGGAUUAAUCGUGUGAAUAAUAGUGUACAAGCCAAAUAACAAGAACAGGCCUGGCCCCACACUUUACUGCCAAAACAGAGGUGCUCCCUGGGCAUAGGUACAGCCAGGCUAUGUGUUUGCUGUUUCCUGAUGCACAGCUUUCAGUUUUUACUAGCUUAGUCUUAAAGGGCAAUGACCAACUUCCAGCAAAAAAUAAACCAAAAUGAAAUAGACCCUAACCUGUAAGGCAGUGGCAGGUGAUUCAGUGGGCGUCAAAGAGUUUGACAUGUGCCUGGGACUGAUUCAAGCAGUGCAAUGCUGUUUCAAUCAGGGAGCUUGGUAUACCUCUGAAUUGAUAAGCUGAAGAUAAGUCGUGCCAGUGGUGGCAGUUUGCAGUGACCCAGCGCAACCACCCUGGUUAAUGCUCCGCCAUAUGGAAAUAGCAGGCUCUCACAUGGCUGGGGAGUGGGAAGAAGUGAUGCUUAACAAAUAUUAAUGGAGAAGGAAGGUCCACUGGCAAGUAUUCUCACGUUUUGCCUAGAGGGAUGCUGCUGGCAUGAAAGGAGUGGAUUGUGUAUCUUGGCUUCAACAUGUAGCAAACAAGUGGGUUUGGGGGAAGGAUGGCUGGCAAGUGUGCAUUGCUGCAGAGCGAGAAAACCCAAUUCAGCUGUCACCGCCAAACAGCAGCUGUUCAAGGCUAGAUGAAAGGCUGGGGUCAGUAGCACAAAGAGCUUUCAGCUUACAGAGGGCUUGAAUGAUAAAUACCAGCUCAUUACAGAAUACAGCCAUGUGAAAUGUCUGCUGAGAUGCAGGAUUUGCUUUCAGGAUGGCAAACAGCCUGCCAGAGUGGAGACAAAACCAAAUCUGUGCCUCUUACUGAUAUGUAGACACAAAGGAGUGUCAGAGAAGUUGUAGUACCCUCUCUUUGCCAUGGCAGCUAUGCUUCUUGGUUUGGAGGCCACCUUUUGGGGGACAUACUGGGACAAUCCGUGGUGUGUUUUCUACUUCUUUACACUUAACCAAGCUUGCUUCUACUCCUGCCAGAGUCAGGGUGUUCUGCCCUUGAUUUUGGUGGGGGUAGUUUAAGUUUGGGGUUAGUUCUGGUGCUAUUUUUAAAAGUUUUAUUCACAAGUUUUAUUUCUCAAAAUAACUCUGGAUAGCUUUUGCUCUUGCCUGUUAUCCCCUGGAGCGGUUUGCUUGCUGCAAAAUAUAUAAUUGUAAUAACAGAUAAAAAGCACAAUUUUUUGUCUCCCUCUACCCUUGCUUUCAGAAACUCACAAUUGAUUUUCGCUUAUGUGCCACUGUCAAACUGCAAGGAAUUCCAAGUAUUCUAAUUGUUGAGUGUGUUUCUGGCUGCUCUAGUCGGGAUGUUUUUUUUUGAGUAAAGAAAAUGUAUGUUUGCUCAUUGUUAUAUUUAUUUGCAUUCCCUCUUCCCAUCCUUGCUGGCCUGAGUGGAGAAUAAAGGCUUUAGAGGAGUGUUGUUCUCCUGCUUCUACUUGACUUCGUGUUAAAAACAGUGGUGUGGGAUGGACACAGUUAUAUAGCUAAUAAUUAACUACAGGUCAUUAUCUUUGAAGACCCAAGUGGGUCUGAAAUGGGUUUAAGCUUUACCUCUUGUUAACUUCUGCCUAACCAGAACUGUCAUGUGUCUGGGCUCUGGGUUCUUUGUUUUUACUUCAUAGUGCAGAAAUGAUGACUUUUUGAUUUAAUUUCACUCAUUGGGUAUCUGUCUGGCUUUAGAAGGGUCAUCAUGUUGGCUUGUCUUAAUUACUAAAGCAUCAUUUCCAACAGGCAGCCACUUAAUGAUGAGGGAAGGCUUUUUUUCUGUAUGUUUGAUAACAGGGUAAAUUGCCAUGGGGUUAAAAAAAAACUCCUAAGCAUCUUUUCACAUAAAUAGCGAAGUGUGGCUGCAUUUGAACAGGCAGCCCAGAAAAACGAG